CCCGCCGGGCGCUGCGGAAGCGCAGUCGGCUGGGGUCCGUCCCUCCGGCCUUCAGCACUGGGAGGCGGAGCGAGAGCUCGGCCUGGGCGGUAUCCUCCGGAGCGGCCAUCGCCGGGCUCCAUGGAGAAGCGGGGUGCGCCGCCGGUCGCCCCCCCGCGGGGCCCGGUGCUGCACAUCGUGGUGGUGGGCUUCCACCACAAGAAGGGCUGCCAGGUUGAAUUCUCCUACCCUCCCCUGAUGCCUGGAGGAGGACAUGACAGCCACACUUUACCAGAGGAAUGGAAAUAUUUGCCGUUUCUUGCCUUACCAGAUGGUGCUCACAACUACCAGGAAGAUACCGUGUUUUUUCAUUUGCCACCAAGAUGUGGGGACCGAACCACAGUAUAUGGUGUCUCUUGCUAUAGGCAGAUUGAAGCAAAGGCAUUAAAAGUGCGACAAGCAGACAUCACCCGAGAAACAGUGCAGAAAAGUGUCUGUGUUCUCAGCCAGCUGCCUUUGUAUGGGUUACUUCAGGCAAAGCUGCAGCUCAUCACUCACGCAUAUUUUGAAGAAAAAGACUUCUCGCAAAUUUCAAUUCUAAAGGAACUUUAUGAUCAUAUGAAUAGUUCCUUGGGAGGGACUUUGCUAGAAGGGUCACAAGUUUAUCUUGGUCUGUCUCCUCGGGAUCUUGUUCUUCACUUUAGACACAAGGUCUUGAUCCUUUUUAAAUUGAUUCUUCUAGAGAAAAAGGUGCUGUUUUAUAUUUCUCCGGUAAAUAGAUUGGUGGGAGCUCUGAUGACUGUCCUGUCAUUAUUUCCUGGUAUGAUUGAGCAUGGUCUUACUGACAGCUCACACUAUAGACCCAGAAAAAGCGUAUCAGAGGAUGCUGGCUUUCAAGAAACUACACCGUGGUUAGAUAACUCAACUUCUGUGUCUGCUGGCGAUAGUUCAAAUACAAACUUGGGAAUGGGGAAGAGAGGCAGGAAGAUGCCAGGAAACCACUCAGUGGAAGGUCAAAAAGCGAACGUGCCUUUCUCCCAGUCAGAGAAGACUUUCAGUGGAGCUCAGUCCUCCAAUGGUACUCUGCAACAUUUGGAAGUUCCUUCCCGCACUUCUCCAGAAUCCUCUGAAAGUGACUGGGAGACCUUAGAUCCUAGCAUUUUGGAGGAGUCUAAUAUGAAAGGAGAAUGUGAAAAAGCAGCAUCAGAACAGGCGGAAAAUCGUCCAAGUGAAUGCAGGAGCUCUGAAAGUCUUCCAAUCACUGUGCAGCCCCAAGCAAACACGGGACACAUGGUGCUUGUUCCAGGUCUCAUAUCUGGGUUGGAAGAGGACCAAUAUGGUAUGCCACUGGCUAUUUUUACAAAGGGAUACCUUUGCUUGCCAUACAUGGCACUACAGCAACAUCAUCUUCUGUCAGAUGUAACAGUCCGCGGCUUUGUAGCGGGAGCCACCAAUAUCCUGUUCCGUCAGCAAAAACAUCUGAGCGAUGCAAUUGUGGAAAUAGAAGAUGCUCACGUACAAAUCCAUGAUCCAGAACUUCGUAAGAUCCUGAACCCUACAACUGCUGACCUAAGAUUUGCAGAUUACUUGGUGAAGCACGUAACUGAGAACAGAGAUGAUGUUUUCCUUGACGGCACUGGAUGGGAAGGAGGAGAUGAGUGGAUCAGGGCUCAGUUCAGUGCUUAUCUUCAUGCACUGCUUGCUGCUGUGCUGCAACCAGACAAUGAAAAGACUUUGUCAGAUUUUGGAACAGCCUUUGUAGCAGCCUGGAAAAAUACUCACAACUACAGAGUAUGGAAUAGCAACAAGCAUCCAGCUCUUGCAGAAGUACAUUCGAGCCAUCCAUUUCAGGGACAAUACUCUGUGUCGGAUGUUAAGUUAAGAUUGUCACAUUCUGUGCAAAACAGUGAACGUGGAAAGAAGAUUGGAAAUGUGAUGGUUUCUACUAGCCGAAAUGUUGUGCAAACAGGAAAAGCUGUAGGUCAGUCGGUUGGAGGAGCCUUCACAAGUGCAAAAUCAGCCAUGUCAUCAUGGUUUUCUACUUUCACACAGUCAAGCCAAAGCCUUGGGGACUAAGUGAUGGUUUUGCCCAGCGCUGCUGAAUAUUUCAGGUGCAAUGGUUUCUCUGAGCUGUAAAAGGACUGCUCCAAAAAGUAGGAGUGAAUACUACCUAUCCAGGACCAAAACAAGGCAUAUGUUGCUUGCAAGGAGGUGUGGAAUGUUAUCAUUCAGUUUCACUAGAAGUGUAGAAUGGUGAGUGUCUCCAUACAAUGAGAUGGCAUUUGCUGGGUAUUGGUUGUGUUUAAAAUGACUACUUUAAAUCUGAGCCUUUAUAAAUACAUUAGCAAACAAGGCUUAUUGCAAGCCAAACGUGUUUGACUUUAGAUUUGUACAUUUUCUUGGAUGUUGAAGAUAUUUAUGUAAAGUAGUUAUAUUUUUCAAUCCAAGUAGCCAAAUGGUUGUGAAUCUUCUUAGAAAUAAGCAGCGUGUGACUACUGGUUUGUCUUUCCGGUUGGGUUAGAGAGAAUGUCAGCAACAAUUAUAGGGGUGGAAGCCCUUAAAGGGCUCAAAGCCAGAUGGCACUUUGUUGGUUCCACCUGCAGACUAGAAUCAGCAGGGUGCAGAAUAAGACUGUGGCUGACGUUUGAGUGUUUCUCCUUUCUCAUCUGUAGCCAUGCACAGUCUUUUGCAUUAAUCUGUCUCUAGCUCUCUUUGUGUCUGCAAGUCUGUGUAACGAUUGCAAAAUCGCUCUUUUCUUGGUAUUACACAGUAGGCCUUUGUAACAGCAUAUGUUUUGCCAGUGUUUUACCCCAGGACAUGAACAUGUUGGAUUCCAGUUGGAGAGAUCUCUUCAAGAGAAGUAUUACAAAACAAUACUCCAAAAUUAGAAUUGAAUCAUAGACAGUUUUCUAAGGUCUUGCUCUGUUAGGAUAUAAUUACGCCAUCAAUGUAAUUAUUAUGUAUAUGAAUACUAAGUAUUAAAAUUACCUAAGCUAGCACAGUAGCAAAAUGCGUAUUUUUUUUGCCAAUGAAGUUAUGAAGACUCUUCCAAAUGAAAAUCAGCUAUACAGAUUUUUUUUCUUUGUCUACUCAGGGAAUGUUCUAUUUGGAUAACUGCUUUUUUCAUAAGGAAAGUAACACCAGAACUGAGGGAGCAACUGAAACAGUUCAGUUCUUGUCCUUGCAUGAAGGAAUGUAAUAGUUUGUAUGAAAAGAUGUGACAUAAUGCUGUACUUCAUAUAGAAAGUGCAGACAGUGUCUUCUGUUUGUAAAAUAUUCCACAUCAUAAGUUUCAUGCUCCUGAAACAGAUUAUUUGCUGUUAGUUGCAAUGUAUGUGCCUAUUCCUUCUCACAUCCCCAUGUGAUAACUGUUAACAUUUUCUGUGUUGUAUUAUUGGAUAUUCCAACUUCUCUGUAUUGCAACGCUCUUAGUUUAUUCCUUCAUCAGUAUCUUUGUGUUCUGCCAUGCUUUUUUCUGGGGCUAAGGUUUCAAGUCAUGGUUAUUUCUUACAUUCCUCAAAUAAAAUAGCUGCAAAAGAGAUAAAUAAGACGGUUUUAGUGUAUAGUAUAUUUAAUUUAAGAAGUUAAGUUCUAAUUUCUUCAGGUGCAUUUCAAAAGCUAGCAGAAAAGGCACAGCUGCAUCUCAUAGUCCCACAAUGUAAUUUUCAGUGUUAUUGGGUCAUAUAGUAAUUCAAAAGCACAAGAUCUGUUUUAAAGUGUUCAAGCUAGAUACGCAGUAGAACAGCCCUGGAAAUCUGAAAGCGUACAGCUGGCUUGAGUAGCUUCAUUUGAGAAGGGCAAGAAACGCCCCUAGAGCUCUUCUAAUCUACUGCUUCUGACAUACAAGUAAAAUACAUCUACAGAACUUUAUCUAUUGCUCCUGGACUCUGUAUGUACGUGUCUAUCUUCUGACACUUCUGAUGCUCUUUUAUGUUCUAUUCCACAACUCUGUAAUAAACAUUCAUAUCUUUUUAAAAAUUAUGUAAUACUUGUAGGAAGACCUCCGGUGAAAUAAGACUAAAGAUGCAGUUAUUGGUGAUGACUGUAGAGCUUUCUGAUUCAGCAUGCAGAUAAGAAAAUAAUAGCUUGCUUUUGUGAUCUUUUUCCCCACUGGCCUGGCUGUCUCUGUUGUGGAGCCAAAAAUCCAACCAGAUUAAGAGUGUUUUCCUUUCUUGUUUCUCAACACAAGGUUGGAUUAAGAAACUUGUAUUCAUCUUCAAUAUUUUUAAGAAUCAGCUUCCUGCCAGCAAGUUAAAUGGUGAUUUUAAACUCAGCAGCGGGUGGUGAUGAAGUGAUCUUCAUAAUAAGUUGUUCAUUAACAUGUAUGUUUGCUCUUUGACAUUUGCUUAAAUGUACUUUUGGUCUGUAGGAGGGAUAGCAGCCACUGACUUUCAUCUCAGUUGACGUAGUCCUCUUCUUAAUGUUUGUGAUCUCUUCAGAUAAAUCGAGCAUGAAUGCAAGUUAUUUUCUUCCCCUCUAUUGUAAAACUUCCAGUGCAAGCAUUAUUACUUAUUCAAAAGGAUUUAUGCGGUCAGCUUCUAUUUCAAAGACCCUGACAUCCAUUUCUGCAUGGCAAAAAAUAGAGUACUAAAUGAAUUGGUGAUAGCACCUCCAAUGAGUAAACCCUGUAGGUAUUGGUACAGCUCAGUCACAAUGUACAUUGCAAAGGUAUUUCUGAUUGUUAGUGUUCCGCACAAACUCACCUCCACGUAAUAACAGUGUAACGCUUCCCUCAACUUUCUGGCAUUAAAGGCAUCAACCUCUGCCCCUUGUAAGUUACCAAUAUUUGGGGAACUGCCUACUGAGUGUGCCUAGACACAAGCCCCCCCAAAUCCACUGGACUACGUAUUGUUGACCUAAUAUUUCAUUUGGCUAAAACAUUCAGCGUUUUUCAUCAUUUUCACGACAUAACCUUAAUUCUUGAGUGCAUCUGACAGCACUUUCUUCAAAUGUAACAAUUAAUUAUCAUUUUCAGAUCAUUCUUCUAGUCCAUUGCAUUUGUUUGUACAUCUGUUUUAAGCACCUUUUGGAAUUAAAUUUAGUAUUUUGUCUAAACAAGCUUCUUAUUUCCAUAAAAAUUAUUCUUAAGUAGAGAAACUAAUGUGGCAGUAUUUAAUUGUAAAAGUGAAGGUGUGAAUACAGUUUUUAAACAUGAAACUAUGACUUGAUCACUGAAAAAUAGAAGCAAUGGAUUUGAUUUUUUUCUCGUGCUGCUUGAAAAUAAAUACAUCCACCCUACUUAAA